GGCGCGUUACCGAGCGGCGUUCACUUAGUCGAGCAGUUUAGGCCAGUUACUGUUAACUAUUAACUAGUUACUAGCCAGCAUUUUCACCCAACGAAGAUCAGUACAACAAAGGAAUAAGGAUGUACAACCCAGGCUAUCAGGUGGAUGUGAUCGACCCUUACUAUCAGCCCCCUGUGGAGGUGAUAAAUGUGAUGGGACCUCCUCCGCCCGUCGAGGUGAUAAUGCCGUCGCCCAUGUACAAUCAACCGGUGGUGGUGGUGGAGCAGCCCAGCUACAAUCAGCCAGGACCUCCGCAGUCAGGACCCAGUGACGCCGAGUGCUGCAUGCUGCUGGGAGCCUGUUGUGUGAUGGAGGAGUGCGGCCUGUGUGUCAUUUCGUAAAAUUGUGCAGUUGUCAAAUACUUGAUAUAAAUAAGGAACUAUGUAAAUUUACGCUAAAUAUAGACUGAAACUAAGGGUGA